GACGGAUGGAUUCUCUCCAUUUCGUUGCUACUCUUUCCUCUACUACUAUCGCUCGGCGUCGGCGUCGGCGUCGGCGUCUGCAAUAGAGAUUUGUGAAUUCCAAACCCUACACAAGGUCGGAUCCGGCACGUCGAUUCGAGCUCAGCUGGACCGCCAUGGCCGCCGCCGCCGCCGCCGCUAUUUCUUCUUCCUUCGCUAGACUCCCAUAGAUAGAGAGAUCGUUGCCCUCUCGUCCCUGUGGAGAUCUUCCAUUCCAUUCCAUUCAAUCCAAAUCCAUAUGGGGGUGGUGGAGUUCGCCUCGCAGGCGGGCGUGGACUUCCUCGAGUGGCUGGGGCCGGACACCUCCGCCAUCGUCUUCACGCUGCUCUCCCACCCAGCCGACCUCGCCAGCGCCUCCGCCGUCUCCCGCUCGUGGCGAACCUUCGCCAUCGCAAACCAGUUCAGCAAGGCACAGUGCCUGCGGCUUUGUCCCGAGGUCUCCAACUUCACUUGUAUCCAACAACUAGUAACGACUUGUGCUGCUGAUACUACCAGUAGUAACAUAAAUCAAGAAUAUGCUGGAUCAAGUGAGUGGGAGAACCACAAGACAGAUCACAGGGUCUAUUUGCACCUUAGCCAUGUUCUUCUCUCCCCUUACCAUGCCAGGGAUUGCAUCAUUCGCUGCAUAGCUGCAUCCAGCACCGACAACUUCCCAGAAGAGACCAUAGAAAACACCCUUGAGCCAAUCGAUCGUGUUGAGAUGAGGCCGUCUUAUUGGUCCAGUGGGGGCCAGAGUGAUCCUACCAUCCCAGAAUGUCUCAUAUACAGGCUUCACUCUGAUCUGUGCCUCAUCCAGGAAAUCAAGAUACAGCCAUUCAAAGCAUUUUUCCAGUACGGCGACCCGAUAUAUUCAGCACAGCAAGUUCGCUUCCGGAUGGGCUAUCCAAAGUCGACUCUACGAUCUCAAGAUCUUGUAUCCGAUGAGAAUGAAGGCCAGCAGCUGGCCGCUGAUGACAACUAUAUCUGGACUUACACAUCUCCAGAAUUCCCAAUGUUACAGGAAAAUGUUUUGCAAUCAUUUAGGCUUCCACGUACGGUUCUAUGCAUUGGUGGGGUGGUGAAGGUUGAGCUGCUUGGGAGGAUACAGAAACAGGCGACGGAUGGUCUAUACUACAUAUGUGUAUCCCAUGUCCAAAUAUUGGGUAAUCCGCUGUCGCAAGAGCUAGCGGUAACUCCUUGCGAGGAUGGUGCAGUCCUCAAGUACCAUCUGCAACCUCGAAUAAGCAGUGUGUAUCGCUGUGACUUGUCGGGAGAUGAUGGUGGCAGCCCCUCAAAAUGGCACAACUUUGCAACGAGAAUCUGGCAGUCAGGCACUGGUCGAGGAAUUGGUUGGAACCAAGCACUGCUGAGCAGGUUGCUGUUUGGCCCUCCGUUGCAAUUCGUGGAGGAAGACGAUGAUCAAUCGGAGGAGGAGGGGGCAUGACAUCACAUCACAAGGGGUCUACAUAUUAUAUGACAUUCAGUUGAUUCAUGUUCAGCUCAAGUCUGUUUUGUCGUCCAGGCUUCUUCUUGGGUCUGUAAGAGAUGAGAUGAUGUCUGCACUGCAUCCUUAAGACAGACACAUUGUUGAAUUCAAACAUAUAUGGGACGUGUUGUUGAAUUCAAACAUAUAUUGGACAAAUCGUUUGAAUUCAAUGGUAUAUGGGAGUAGUGUAGCACGGCCGCCGCCCAAUCAUCUACAGUAUAUGGUUUUGUUGAUGACAUUUCCCAUUGAGUUACUGCACAGGUCAGGAUCUCAAAUAGUAGUAGCUCCGAGCCUUGAGUUUGGGUAGGUGCUGCCUUACCUUCGCGACCACCGAGCGAGGUCCAUAGAGCACGGAAAGCAGUUGCACUGCUGCUCGGUGAAAUUGGGGUUGAGUGGUCAGGUGUCGGUCUCCACCAGCCUUAUCGACAUGUACUGCAGAUGCAAGUGUCUGGAGGAUGCUAUAAGUGUUUUCCGGUCAAUCAGGGAGCCCUGGAGGAUGCUAUAAGUGUUUUCCGGUCGAUCAGGGAGCCCUGUGUUGUGUCGUGGAAUGCUCUAAUAUCCGGCCUGGUAUUCAAUGAGCGUUACACUGAAGCGCUCUCGGCUUUUGAAGACAUGAUUCUGGCUGGAGCUCAGCCUGAUGGCAUUACUUUCUCGUUGUAAUUUCUGCCUGCAGCCAUGGUGGCUUAAUUGACAUUGGCAUCAAACAUUUCAACUC